GCUAUCUUCAACGAACUUCAUCGUGUACUUAUGGCAUCUCUUCCGGGCUCAUUGCACAAUCCUAGCGCUAACAGGUUGCAGCCUUCCUCAUCCCAAUACAAACGAGGUCUAUGGAUGUCCGAUGGCAACGUUGUUCUUCGUUGCGAACAUUUCGAAUGUCGCGUCCAUCGCGGCGUUUUGUCCAUGCAUUCGCCCGUCUUUGAGAGACUUUUCGCAGAACAUGAGGCAAAGCUUGUGCCCGAUAUCGAAACUAUAGAGUCGUCGGCGCCCAGUUCUGCUCUAUCUUCUGGUCCCAGUGUGUUGGUGCUGGAUCUGCCGGACAAGGCAGAAGAUAUUCUUAAUCUGCUGAAUGCGUUGUAUCUCCGGAGACACUUCCAACCAGGCAAACCCUAUACGCUCCUCACCCUCUCCUCACUUCUCCGUUCCUCCACAAAAUACGCCGUCUCUCGACUCCGAAACGACGUAAUAUCACACCUCGAAAUCCUUUUUCCCUCCACCCUCGACGCCUAUGUCAGCGAUGACAGAAAAGCCCUCACCCCGGUGGACUACCAUCCGAUUCUGGCAGUGAAUAUGGCGGAGGAGAAUGACGUGAAGUCGAUCAUGCCGGUGGCGUAUUACGAGUGUUCUCUGUUGAAGAUAGAGGAGCUGUUCGAUGGAUUCGUGCUCCAGAUGGCUUCGGCGGAUUCAGAGGGGGACUCUCAAGGAAAGGACGCCGAGGUUAAAGAGGAGAUUCGGGUGGAGCUUCCACCGAGCGCGCGUCGGAAGUGCCUUAAGGGACGAGACAUGCUCCUGCGACUUUAUCACACGAUGGCGGACGUUUCCUUGUGGGGCAAAAGAGAAGGGUUCGGCAGGAUAUCGUGCGAGGACGAGUUAUCGUGUGUGGGGGCAGUGGCAGAAUUGGCGUAUGAAGCCCAUGCGGGACGAUACUGGGACCCUUCACACAAUAUUCUAAAGAAGGGCGCGAUGAGUGCACAAGGCGAGACGGUGUUUUUGUGCGAGCAUUGCCAGUGGCAUAUGGAGCAAGCGGAAGAGAAAGGUAAAAACUUGUUAUGGAACGAGUUGCCGCGAUUGUAUGGAAUAGAAAAAUGGGAGUCGGUAGCACAGUAGAUCAAGAAUUCAUGCUGUACUCUACUGUAUUGGGGACGUUAUAUGUGUACCAUACGUUGGUCCCUAUCAAGAUUAUGCUGUUUGGCCCGUGUUUUCGUCCUGGUCCGCCUCCGCGUUUCCCUGCUUCAGAACAAGAGGCCACGAUCCGAGAUCAAUCAUGCUCGGCAAGAGACUCCAAAUACGACGCCUUGCAUGUAUCUCGGUCUCCGUCCACUCAGGCCAGCACGACUCCUCACACGGACGCUGAGAGGCUUUCGAACAAAGCCAAUCACGUGAGGGGCUCGUCGCGAACACGUCGUAGCUGUAUCCGUCGUUCCAGUAGUGGCCUUCUUGAGCAUCUUUGCGUAUUUUCUCCCAUUUUUGGAAGCACCAUAGUGAGUCAUCGCAAUCACCAGCGUCCCAGCCUUUCCAGAUUCUGUAAUCAGCUUCCGUGAAUAUGAGUUUUCGAAGGGUUUCGCGGGCGAUGAUACAUGUACGCUGGGCGGAUGGUGAUAGACUGGCAUGAUCGCCGUUCGGUUGUGGUAGUCCGUCGAGAAUGGAGUCUAGGGGAAGGAUCAUGCAUUCGUAGUAUGCGCAUGGAAGGAUGGAUGGU